AUGCUUGUUAAAGGAGACAACCGCCGAUGGUUGAGAACAUGGGGCGACGACGAACUGCCAUGGAUCGCCAAUAAAACGGAAGACAAGGAUUUGAAGAAGAAGCAAACCAAGAGAUGCAGUGACGCGUUCUUGAACAACUUGUGUCUCGAUGUAGGUGGUGAGGAAGGUGAUGACUUCGCAAUCCCUAAAAUUGAAUAUAUCGAUGGUGAUGGUGACUUAAAUGAAGAUGAUGUGGUGGAGAACGAAGAUCCUUUUGACCUAAAUCGAGAAGGAAGUAGGCCUGAUAAAGAAGUAUCAACUGAAAUGGACAAAAAAUCUAAGCUAGAGUUUGAGUACAACACCCACGAUCCAAAGGUGAAAUGUAACAAGAUGAGACCAUUUAUGGAAGAGGGGUAUGAAUCGCCCCAUCAACUGAAGUUAUGUUUAACCAACCAUGCUAUUUAUACCGGCUAUAAGAUAAAGUUCAAGAAAUGUGACAGUGUUAGGCUAGUUGUUGAAACCAAUGUUCAUAGUACACAACACCCAAUUCAAGAGACUCAAGAAGAGACUCAAACAAUAGCAGUGACUGAAGAAGAGGGCAAUGUAUAUACUCAAUAUGAACAUGAUCAGAGUGAUGAAGAGGACGAUGGUAUUGAGGAUACCUAA